UGUGUUAAAUCCUUGCCCAAGAUAAGUUAACUCAUGAUAAAAGUAGGAAAUAAGUGUAUAACAUUUGACUCUAAAAGCUAUGCACUUUCCUCUUAUUAAGAAAAGAGCAUUUCACUCUCUACUCUCAUAAGACUUAAAGAUGAAUGUGAAUAUAAAUAAGCAGACACCUGAGGUAGAUUAGUCUCAGAAUUUACCCAUCCUUCUAUUUGACAGCAGUGAUCCACUAAGUUCCUCAUAUGCCAUUUUUUCUCUUAGAUACUGUAUGUGAUUUAAUGAAGACAGAGAAUUGCACUUUGGUGAGUGAGUUUGUUUUUCAAGGUUUCUCCAGCUUCCGUGAGCACCAGCUCACGCUUUUUGUAGUGUUCUUUGCACUAUACAUAUUAACACUAGCAGGCAACAUCAUCAUCGUGACCAUCAUCAGCCUUGAUCGCCACCUCCACACCCCCAUGUACUUCUUCCUCAGCAUGCUGUCAGCUUCAGAGACAGUGUACACACUGGUUAUUAUACCGAGGAUGCUCUUGAGCCUCGUAGUCCUCAGUCAGCCCAUUUCCUUGGCUGGCUGUGCUACUCAGAUGUUCUUCUUUGUGAUGUUGGCCAUUAACAACUGCUUCCUGCUCACAGCGAUGGGGUAUGACCGCUACGUGGCCAUCUGCAACCCUUUGAGGUACUCAGUCAUCAUGAACAAGAGAGUGUGCACUCAGCUGGUGUGGGGGGCCUUCAGCAUUGGUCUAAUUGUAGCAGUGACACAGGUGUCCGCUGUGUUCAGGCUGCCCUUCUGCAUCACAAAGGUGGCCCACUUCUUCUGUGACAUUCGGCCAGUGAUGAAGCUCUCCUGCAUUGACACCACUGUCAAUGAGAUCCUCACUUUGGUCAUCAGUGUGCUGGUGAUCCUCAUCCCCAUGGGCUUGGUCUUCAUCUCCUACAUCCUCAUCAUCUCCACCAUCCUCAAGAUUGCCACUGCUGAGGGAAGAAAGAAGGCCUUUGCCACCUGUGCUUCUCACCUCAUCGUGGUUAUUGUCCACUAUGGCUGUGCCUCCAUUGCCUACCUCAAGCCCAAGUCAGAGAACACCAUGGGUGAGGACCAGCUGAUCUCUGUGACCUACACAGUCAUUACACCCCUGCUGAACCCCGUGGUGUACACUCUGAGGAACAAAGAGGUCAAAGACGCUCUGCAGAGGGCUAUUGGCAGGAAACUCUCCUGACAAGAUUAGUCUAUUUCAGGUCUCAGAGAGUCUCUAACCAGGAAAAAAUGGAGCGGUACCCACAAUCACUAGAGUUCAGUUCUGGAGCCCAUUGAACAGAAGUUGGGUGAAAGGAGUAAAGAACAAAAACCACACAUUCAUCAACCUGCAAAAGCCUGAAUGUCACAGGAACACAGGAAUGUAACAGAAAGAACUCAGAGUUGUUUGGGUUGUUGGGAAGUUGAUGAACUUUUUGGGCAGCCUGGGACAGAAUGAAAUCAAAAUAGCUGACUGAAUGAAGGAGGGGAU